GUUAGUAGCGUAUUCAUUUUUGGCUAUUGCUGUACGGAAUACGACGGAAUCUUAAGACUCUUUCCUCUCUAAACAGUGUACGUCGACGUUAGCCAGAGCAAGCAGGCUAUUCUUACGGUUCGCCUGAGUGCCCGCGCUGAAAGGGAUCGCAAGUGGGAAAUUCACAUCACCCAGGUUUCCUGCUGGAGCCCCAAUAUGGCUCCUACGGGCUUGCUUGCAGUACCACACCAAGGCCUCUGACUUCAUCACAAGCUUCAACUUUGUCCGCAACCCCACUGGCUUCCACUAUUUCGCCAACAUGCACUACUCCAUUUGUAUCCGACGUCAGCUUGGCUUCUGUUCUAUCCUGUACGAAGAGAAUGGCCCUAACGGCUUCCGUCUGAGCCCCCUGGUUAACCAGCGUUGCAGUGAUGCUUACGUGCUCAUUCCCACCGGAUCGACUGGCUCCGUCCGUGAUGGCAACCUUGGUGACCGCAUCUGCGGCACCACUUUCACACCUGUCGCUGCCAACGUCACACCCUUCCGCUUGUCAUUCAUUACUGGACCUCGCGUCGGUUAUUCCGACUGCCCUUGCCCCGGCGUGCGUCCCAACACUCCCGUGCUACCAAACCCUUCUACUGUGAUCGUCAACCCUCCCCAAGUGCAACCAAACCCUCCACAGGUGCAACCGAAUCCUGCCGUGGUCGUCAACCCUCCAGUGGUGCAACCGAAUCCUGCCGUGGUCGUCAACCCUCCAGUGGUGCAACCGAAUCCUGCCGUGGUCAACCCUCCAGUGGUGCAGCCGAAUCCUGCCGUGGUUGUCAACCCUCCAGUGGUGCAGCCGAAUCCUGCCGUGGUUGUCAACCCUCCAGUGGUGCAACCGAAUCCUACCGUGGUCGUCAACCCUCCAGUGGUGCAACCAAAUCCUACUGUGGUCGUCAAUCCUUCUCCCCAAGUCCUGCCCACCCAACCACAACUUCCCAUCGGAUCGCAGCUGCCCGCUGGCCUGGGUUCUACUGCUGCCAACGUGACGCAGUUCGCUGGAAGGGAAUUCACCGAAAGGCAGUUCGCCGAUGCGCUAGUCUGCCGUGCCGGUGGCUUCAGUCUCAAAUACACUCAGCUACCUUACGGUUGCUGAGCAUCUCCCCUUGGUACAGUCACCCUUCCCCACGAUUAAUUGCUACCCCUCUUUUAAAUUCUUUUCGUAACGAACCUUACCUCACGGCUGCUGUGCUGUAGCCUCCGACAUUACUCCCGCCCCUCUCAGACCUAGUCAAGUUCUGUAAAUAAUGUACAUAUUUCAUCUGUACCUAAUACACUUUGUCAAAUAAAGGGCCAUAAAAGGAAAUUCUGGAUAUUCUUUUUUUCUCCCGCGGGCGAUCUACGGAAAAUCAGCAGAUUACGUAUUUUGCCAUGUGCAGAAUUAUUCGUCAGUCAUUACUACUUUUUUUUUUCA